AUGAGUUUACCGGCGAAUUCAAACGAUAACAAACGAAGGAACUCCCACGAUGAUUCCGAUACGUCUGAUGGCGACGAAAGGCCGGUCAGAGGUAAACAGCCAGGCAAUCCCAAACAACACCGCCGUAUCGAAGAACGACGACGCAAGUUUGAACAAAAACUUUUGGAAGAACUUAAAUCUUUAGUGAGCUCGGUUCAAUUUGGUCAAACAACGGCUAAACUAACUCAAUUGAAUGUUUUACAAAUUGCAAAGGAUCUAAUCGAGGAGAUCGAUACUCGAAACGGCAAUCAGCAACUUUUACCAUCGUAUUUAACGGCUGAAGAAGAUCAGUUUCUCAAUUUCGAAGUUAAUAAUACUUUUAUGUUCAGCGUCACAAUUCAAGAUGGAAUUUUUCGUAUUCUCAAUGUUAACGAUUCCAUCGAACGAAUACUCGAUUUCAAACCAGAACAAUGGAUUGAUCAAGAUUUCUUAUCUUUUGUUCAUCCAAAUGAUGCACAUCUGGUUCGUAACCAAAUACUCUCGUUAUUUCAUCAACCCGCACAAAAACACACAAUUAAAUGUCAGCUUGCACGAAGUGAUGGUUCAUACGCUCCGAUUCUCAUCAAUGGAAUAGUCAAAAAGCUUGAUCAACAGUACAGACCUGUUGCAAACAACGAACUCGGCUAUUUAGCCUUUAUUGGUAUUGCUCACUUGCCACUGAUAGACAAAUACAAAGAAGAAAAUGUUUUACUCCAUAAAAAACCGAAUAUACAGGUUUUUCUAUGCCGAUGUUCAGUGAAUAAUUGGAAAAUCUUCCUUGUUGAUAAUUCAGUAACUACUCUACUAUCGGCAUCGUUCGAACAAUUUAGUAAUCGAUCGGUUCUCGAAUUUAUCAAUGCAAACGAUCAAGCGGAGGUCGAACGAGCUCUGAUCAACGCAUGUUCAACAUCGAGCGACGAUUUCAUCACAUGCCAAUUCAUUCAUGCGCCAAUUGGUAUAAUCACAAUGGUUCUAGAAAUUCAUCCCAUGAUGAAUACAAAGCGGCCGGACAUGUCUUUUGUUGAAUUAAGAUUUACAAACGUCAAUGAUUUCAUUCAAAAUUCUCCAGAUGCUGGUGAUCUAUCGGUGCUGUCAAACGACUUGACUUUGUUCAAAUAA